GGGUAUCUGAAGACACUAGUCGAAACAACAUGUACCGGUUUGCUAAAGCUGCAGUUAACGCUACUGCUCUAAGAUAACGACGGUAUGACUUGCACAGACAUCCAUUCUUUCAGAAUUGCUGGUCAGGCCGUGCGGCAGGUGAGGCAUGGCUCCACCACCAGCCAGGACUUCCACUCCAAGUAUGGCACCGGCCUGAUGAUCGGUGGAGCUGUCUUUUGCACGGCUGUGUGGUCAUACGUGCUGACUCAGACUGGCAUCACCUGGAAUUUGUCACCAGUCGGAAAGGUCAUGCCCAAAGAGUGGAGAGAGGCUGAGGAGUGAAGAGCCGCCAUGACAGACCUUGUUCUCGCCUAAUGAACCUUCUGGUUGUACAGAUGAAUAAUGAAUAUCUGUGUGUUCAGACAGUGAAUGCCUGUGCUUAUUCCAACAUGUUACUUUGUUCAAAUAAAUUAUCUGUGAUUCUACUGACAA